AUGGGUAGAGUUAUUAGAAACCAAAGAAAGGGUGCUGGUUCUAUCUUCACCUCUCACACCAGAUUGAGACAGGGUGCUGCCAAGUUGAGAACUUUGGACUACGCCGAGAGACACGGUUACAUUCGUGGUGUUGUCAAGCAGAUUGUCCACGACGCCGGCAGAGGUGCUCCUCUAGCCAAGGUUGUCUUCCGUGACCCAUACAAGUACAAGUUGCGUGAGGAGACCUUCAUUGCCAACGAGGGUGUGCACACCGGUCAGUUCAUCUACGCCGGUAAGAACGCUUCUUUGAACGUCGGUAACAUCUUGCCACUAGGCUCCGUUCCAGAGGGUACGAUCGUCUCUAACGUCGAGGAGAGACCAGGUGACAGAGGUGCUCUAGCCAGAACCUCCGGUAACUACGUCAUUGUCAUUGGCCACAACCCAGACGAGAACAAGACCAGAAUCAGAUUGCCUUCUGGUGCCAAGAAGAUCGUCUCCUCUGACGCCAGAGGUGUCAUCGGUGUCAUCGCUGGUGGUGGUAGAGUUGACAAGCCAUUGUUGAAGGCUGGCCGUGCUUUCCACAAGUACAAGGUUAAGAGAAACUCUUGGCCAAAGACCCGUGGUGUUGCCAUGAACCCCGUGGACCACCCUCACGGUGGUGGUAACCACCAGCACAUUGGUAAGGCCUCUACCAUCUCCAGAGGUGCUGUUUCUGGUCAAAAGGCUGGUUUGAUUGCUGCUAGAAGAACCGGUUUGUUGCGUGGUUCUCAAAAGACUCAAGAUUAG